GGGAGAGAGAGAACUGACAUAAUAGUUUACAGUUUCCACGAGAAGGCAGCGUCUGUUAGGUGUUAGCAGUAUUGGUGUCGAUACACGAGAUACGAGGUUUUGCGGGGACGUUGCGUGAGCGCUCACCGUAAUAAUUUAUUCCGGUUACACACCAAAUGCGAGACCAUUUCGUCCAGCUUCAGUUUUGAUGAGCUUGUGGUUUGUAAACGAGUAUUGUAACGUUUUCGUUUCCCGAACGCUGCGACAACUGGGCAUGCUGCACCGUGCACCAGCUUCCUCGCUUCAGCCAUUAGCUUCAGUAUAGGCGUACGUCGAUAUCAAGCACAGGGGGACACGUGGCAAGCAGCAUAUAUCAGGCCAGAUGACGGUCGCGAAUGGUCGGUCCGUGGCAUCACGGCCCCCGGCAGUUGUCACCAUCGCCAGUGCCUGCUGUCUUCUUCUCCUUGCUCAGUGCAACGUCAGCAUUGCUGCCUGCACAGGGCUCAUGGACCCUGGCUGGAGGGAUGACUGCCCGGACGUACCUGACGGUACUAUCUCACCAAACUCACAUCCGCUUGAGGCUAGCAAGGCCAAGCUGAUAUGCUCCCUGAAGGGCAGCAUCCUGGCUCCGGCUCGGUCCUGUUUUGCCCGGCACGCGAACUGCCACGUGCUCAAGCAGGUGCUGAACGUCCACUUUCCCGUUUGGACGAUUGCCGCCAACGGCACCGUGUACCUACUGAGCAGCGAUGGAAAGCUGAAUUCUCCAACUGCUACAUCCACAGCACCACCGCUCUGCUUCCAACCCUCGAGUCCAAGCGCAACGGUGCCAUCACCGGUGUUGACCAGCAGAACAGCCCAGAACCCUACAACACCAUCGUCUGGUAGAGAUGACGAUCCAUCCACAACAACCGGGUCGGGCACUCUGAACUCAGUGGAUCGGAUGGUCAUUGCCGUUUCGGCUGCCGUCGCUUUUCUCAUCCUCAUCGGAGACGUGGUGAUAGCCAAGCGCAUAACAGCCUCUGCUGCCGCCGCAGCCCUCUUGGAGGCAAACGCGGACAGUUCGCGGGGAAGCUGCGGCAGCGAGUAUCAAGACAGCCUUCCAGACCUGAGCCGCAAGUCCAGCAUGGUGAGCUUCUCCGGCAGAUCUGGUUACUACAAGACCACUCAGCUGGACAAGGAGACGGAGGCGAAGCAGGCUUUGGCACUCCAAUCACGGCUCCUGUCCACCUCCAACGAUAAAGAAACCCUCCUCGUCCCGGGCGGUCGCAAGCAGCACACCUACGUCAACCAGACGACCGGUGCAGAUCCUAGCACGCAACAGCAGCUAACGAUGGACAACAGUCAGUUUCUACAUCCACGCUGUAACAGCUUCAACAACAAGUACGCUGUUCCGAUUCCCAGCCGUAACAGGUCCAAGACUACAUCGGCAUCGGACGCGGCACGGCCAAUGAAAGACAACGGCGCCAUCAUCAUCGCUGGUCAUAACUUGGAAGCACCGAACAAUGACUGGCUCCCGGCCAGCCUGGCAGUUCCCGGUGCUGCACCUAGCAACAACGACAAUGCCGUCGGGUUUGUGCCUGCAACGCACUCGGCACAUGCUGGCUUGAAUCAGCGACUCAGCUACACUCCAGGAAGUGCUGCUGUGCCAUCAUCUCAGCCACCCAUGCAGAGGAGCAACUCGGCGCGAGCCACGCAUUCCAGCCGGACUGCCAGCAGCAAUGGUCAAAAGUCAGCGGCAGCCGCGGCCGGGCUCAACCGCACGCGAUCCAAUGUGGACCUGACAGGCAGCACAUAUGACUGCUUCAGUACGGGCAUACCUGUCUCGCAGGAGCAUAACGCAGAGUUUUCACCGUCCAUGCAAAGCAGCCGAGAAGCCGCCGAGGCACUGAUGGGAUGCAACGCCGUCCAGUACGUCAACACGUUUGGCGACAACCAGGGCAUGUACUCCGACACGUACGCUAUGUCUGAGCCCCCCUCCGCCUGCAACACUGCUCCGACCUCCACCGCUGACCCUGCCCCGGCAACCAGCAUGGCUAGUACCUCAGCAGGUGCGGGGGUUGAUGGCACCGCCGGGAGCAAUACCCAAGCAAGUCACCCCACUGGCGGUGGCAGUAAUCCGCCCCAGUCGCCGGCAGCAUUCCGACGCGGAUCCCCACUGGCUGGCCAGGUGCGCACGCCUCUUAACGCUAGCGGUCAGCACCCACAGGCCGGGCACAAAAGCAGCAAUCCUCUGGAAAGCAUUGGCAGCACCGAGGAUGCCGAACGCGCCGCCCGUAACGCUGAGAACGCCCGCUUCUCCACCGUCAGCAAUCCACUGUACGGCUGCCGGUUUGAUUCUCCAGAAUUAACCAUACAAGAGAGUAUACAGGAGAGUGCACAGGAGAGCAUACAGGAGAGUCCGUAUGCCAGCGCUGGUAGCACACGUCCUGGCUCGCUGGAAUACAAUACACUGAGCGACCUGAGAAUGUAGACAGGCAAACGGUCGGUGUCAGUACUGCUACUACCGCUGCUGGUACACUGUGUUCACCGACCUAGGCAAGCCGAAAGUGUGGUCUGAGUCCACUUUGUAUUUCUGUGUGUGUUUCUGCCCGAACUCUCUCUCUCUCUCUCUCUCUCUCUCUCUCUCUCUCACACACACACACAUACACACACACACACACACACACACACACACACACACACACACACACACACACACACACACAAACACACACACACACAAACACUCUUCCUCUCACUCUCUCCC